AUGGACUCUGCGACCCCACCCACCGGUGCAUAUACGGAAAUCCCCGUGGAGCGCACAGCACAACUGAUUCGCGUGCGCCGCGACCUGAUCCUCAACCAGCCAAUUGGUUCGUUCAAGGGCCCCAACACACUUGGACGGUUUGCGCUGUCGUAUUCGCGUGCCCAGUCGUUCCGCUCGAUCGACCCCAGCUACGCCACGCGUCGCUCCUUCUUUGUGGAAGACGAUGACGAGAUCUUUGACCCCAACACUCUUGCGCCCGCCACGCGCGGCGCCCGUCUUUCAACGCUUAUCCACGACUUCCGCCGCCCCUAUGGUGCGGUGGAAUCAGACGAGGAGGAUUCUGACUCGGUCUUUGAUGAUACCCGUUCAUUCGCAUCCUUCCGCAACACCUACUCUACGGCAGCCCAAGGCCGCUUGCACCCGGCCCGGUCGCACAUAUCGCUCGUGGAGAGCACGCCACUUGUGUUGAAACACGUUGAGGAUGCCGAGGGCAAGGUGCACACGGUCAUCGCGGGCCAAUCCACUAAGCCGCAAACGGUGUUCAACUCUGUAAACGUGCUCAUCGGUGUGGGGUUACUUGCUUUGCCGCUUGGCAUGCGCUACACCGGCUGGGCUAUGGGCGGUUUUAUCCUCACGGUGUGCUGUGCCGUCACCUUCUGGUCCGCUGGCUUGCUUGGUUACUGUAUGGAUACGGACCAAACGUUGAUGACGUAUGCCGAUCUUGGCUAUGCAUCCUUUGGCUCCCGGGGCCGCCUUCUCAUUUCGUUCUUGUUCUCCCUCGACCUCCUUGGCUCGUGUGUGGCGUUGAUCAUCUUGUUUUCUGACUCUCUCAACGCGCUCUUCCCCCAAUUCUCCGUCACCCAGUGGAAACUUAUCGGCUUUGUGGUGCUCACGCCCUUCAGUUUCUUGCCUCUUAACGUUUUGUCCAUUUUUUCCCUCCUUGGAAUUACGUGCACCAUUUCUGUGGUGGUGCUCACCUUUUUUUGCGGACUUUUCAAACCGGAAACGCCCGGAUCCUUGGUUGAAUUCGCGCCGUUGAACAUGUGGCCCGACACUGGUCUCGAUUUUUUGCUCGGAGUGGCCAUUCUCAUGGCACCGUUUGGCGGCCACGCCAUCUUUCCAAACUUGAAAGCAGACAUGAGACAUCCCCAUAAGUUCCAGUCCUCGCUCAAGAUCACCUACGGUAUCACCUACGUCACAGACUUUUCCAUGGCCGUGAUUGGCUACUUGAUGUUCGGCACCAAGGUCGGGAACGAGGUUACCAACUCGUUAUUGUUGACUGGCGGCUAUCCCGCGUACAUCUAUUAUCUAAUCUCCGGGCUCGUCAGCAUGGUGCCGUUUGCCAAGCUUCCGCUCAAUGUCAACCCGAUCGUCAAUGUGCUUGAGGUGGUGUUGGGCUGUGAUAAGACCGCUGUUCGCGAGCAGCAGGCCUCCCAGAAAGUGUCCGGGCUAGGUUUACCCCUCUGGUGCAACGUAUUGUUGCUGAACGCGCUCGUUGUGACGGUCAACUUGCUGGUGGUGUUGAUUGCGAUCGUCAUGCCGGACUUUGACCGUGUGAUUGGGUUGAUGGGGGCGUCGUUGUGCUUUCUCAUUUGUUUGAUCUUGCCGACGUGUUUCUACUUGAGGUUGUGCGGGGAUAAGAUUGGAGGGGCUGAAAGAGUGUGUUGUUAUGUUUGCAUCGGGGUGAGUGUGGUGUUGGGGGUGACGUGUACGUAUGCAACACUCAGAAACUAG